AUGACCACAACAAGUUCAGUUUCGUCGACGACCUCCAUCGCUACAUAUCCGGGCUACCCCGGCUUGAAUGAUUCAAAUUCUAUCUGGCUUGAUUGGAAUCUAACGUCAAGGACUUCGUCGUUGCCAAUCGAGGCUGUAUCUACUGCCACAACCUCGAGCUCUUCCCUAUCCCCAACCACGACCAGCUCGACUUUUGGUUACCCUGGCUUUAACGACUCGAACUCCAUCUGGCUAGACUGGAAUCUGACGUCCUUCUCGAAGACACAGACUACCUCUGCCUUGCCGGUCGAUGCCGCAACUACAAGCCUGAGCUCCUCUUUAAGCACAACCACGAGCUCCAGUUUCGCAUAUCCCACGACAGGUAAUUGGACAGGUCACAACGAGAGCGCGUGGCUAGACUGGAAUUUGACUGUCACCCGAACAAGUACGCUGUAUGUUGACGGUCAAACAACAUCAUCCUCGAUCGCAACCACUACGAGUUCAGUCAGAGCUUAUCCGACCGGGAGUUGGACCGAGUCACAGUGGCUAGAUUGGACUAGAACUACGAGCUCUGGGAUUGUAUCUACGACCUCGAGCUCGCAAGCAAGCUAUCCAACAUUCCCGGCCUACAAUGGAACGGGCAAUUGGUCCGACUGGCUGUCUAACUUGACUUAUAGCUCGUCCUCAAGAUUUGUUGCACCGCAGACAACCACUUCCUCCGUUCUUUCCGUCGAUGCUACUUCUCUGCAACCUACCUCGUCCACCACUUCCGUUGCAGGAUAUCCAACGAUUCCAGCCUAUAACGGCUCAUAUCCUUCGUCGAACUGGACCGACUGGAAUGGCACAAUCCCGUGGAACGUGACUGACGGCAGAGGUUCGACCACAACGUCGAUAUUGUAUGUGUCACCAACGGCUACAAGCUACACGUCAGGAUCGACAUCAACCACGGCCUCUCCUGUGGCGCCUACGACGACUUCGACCUGGGCUUACAAUGGCACAGGCAGUGGUAACUGGACAGACUGGGCCAGUAAUGGGACGGCUCCGUUGAACUACACGAUCCCCCAUACAAAUUCGACCAAUUCGACGGCAGGAGGUGGUAACUCGACGUAUCCCGCCGGCAGUUCCUCUGGAUGCAGUGCCACGGCCCCUUCGCAACUUCUGGAGAACCCAUCGUUCGAAUGCUCGGGCACAGGGUGGAACCUUGACGAAGUGGAUAUUGUCUGGGGAAGUGCCUCGGAGUCGUCGACAUCUGCUAGGCGCAUCCGCGAUAUCUUGUCCCCUGACUCGGCAUAUGACGGCAAAGGAUUUGCUCGCUUUGAGCCCACUUCCGAAGAUGUGACUGCCACUUUGUCGCAGACUCUUGCCGCUCCCGCCACGAGUGGAUCGUAUUGGUAUUCUUUCGCGUAUAGGGUUCCCUCUUCUGGCGUUACACCGGAUGAAUGCAAGUUGACAGUUUCGAACGAUGAAGGAACACUGGCAACAUUGGGAUCUCUCUCGGCCGCCAGCACCUGGACAAUGACCGGCAAAGAAUUCCAAGUCACAUCAUCGGCGAGCACAUUCUCUCUGGUGUUUAGCUGCUCUGGCGUUCAGACUGCCUCACCAAUUCUUGAUAUCGACAACAUCAGAAUGGGUAUGGGCGGCGGCAAUUGGACUGCUGUGAAUGGAACCUCGGGCGGACACAGCAAUAGCACUGGUCUUCCAACUUGGAGUGCUCCCUCCAACAUCACGUAUAGCCCGCCAUCAACCAACCUGACUCGGCCGGACGAAGCCGGCAGCCCAAUUGACUAUAGCGGAGGAGCUGCUGGAGCACCAACACAAACCACCUCCAGCACUGAGCCUGUGACCACUUCGACCGUGCCCGCUCCAGCAGCACCGACACUUGCUGAUUUCGAGAUACCCGUACCUCCGCCGUCUUCCUCAUCAGCAGUACCAACGACGUCAUCUCCGACAGCUCCAGCUGCAGCUACAGGGGCAUCAGGACCGCCGGAUGUUAGUGAUCCUACGACAUCGGCGGAUCCUGUAGUCGCAUCGACCACGGCUCCGGCUGCAGUUGAAGAACCAAGCACAACAACAGCGACGUAUCCUUCCAGCACGGUGUUUUCUUCAAGGAACCGGGUCAAGAGGCACCGAUAUCAUCGGAACUAG